AUGUCAUCAUUUUUAACUAAUAAUGAUUAUUUAAUUAUUUCUCGUUUUCUAUCAUUUUUUUCUACUUCAUAUGGUUCAAAUGCUCGUUUAAAAUUAAUUCAAACACUUGAUAAUUCAAUGAGUAUUUGUACAUCAAUAAGUAGUCGUAUUCAACAUCAAUUAAAAUGUCAACAUCUUAUAUCACGUCUUUUAUCAACUGCUAUAGAAAAACAAAUAUCUAUAUAUCAUGAUGGUGGUCUUUAUUUUAGUAUUAUAUUUUGUAAUUUCUUAAUACAAUUUCGUGAUAUAACAAUAAAUUCUAAUAAACAAAAUUUAUUAUUUGAAUCUUGUUUAAAUUUAAUUGAUGAAAUAAAUAUAUCACAAGAAACAAUAACAUUUAAUUCAAUUCAUCAAUUAUUAGCUAUUGUUCGUGCUGUUAUAUGUAAACCAUUAGCUUAUAAUAAUUCAGAUUUAUUACGAGAAAAAUUAUGUCUUUUAUCAGUUAAAUCAUUUCUUGAAAAUUUAACAAUGAUAAAUUCAUCAAUAGAACAACUUAUUUUAACAAUUAAAGGUUUAUCUAUUGAUGAAUCAACUUUAUUCAAUGGUUUACUUUAUCAAAUAUCAAUAUCAAAAUCAUAUUUAUGUUCGAAAAAAAUUCGUUCAUGUCUUUAUUUUACUAUAUCUCUAGCUGGAGAUUAUACAAUUGAAGAUUUAGAUCAUAUUGAAACAGACAAACAAAUGUUUGAAUGGAUUCAAAAUAUAGCUGAACAUAUUAUAAAACAAAUUAUUGAAUAUACUUGUUUACAUAAUGGUGGAUUAAUUCUUUGUCAAAAAGUUUGA